AACAAUCCAUCUGAAACAAAAAACGCACCGUUUUGGCGUUCUUCUUCUCUCACCUCCGGUUUUACUUUUGGACUCCGUUCUCCGUUCUUGAUAAAGCCAAUUCGCCGUCGGGAAACUCUAGAUCUUUCUGGAAGCAUUUUUUAUAUAACAUCUUCGCUAUCCUGCCCCGUCCCUCCAUCAUCGCCUUCGGAAAUUGCGGUUCUGCGAUUGGAUUGAAUCGAACUCCGACAAGAAAAGGAUUUCGCCGGUGGUGUAUUCUGAUUCUUGACGACAUUCGUAUCCGUCGGCGCCGGGGCUUAUUGCCGUUGCUCGUACUGUCUCUCUCGGUUUCCAUUUCUCGUCUCAAGAGGCGGUAGUUGCAGUUGAAUAGCAUGGCAGACCAUUCAAAUGAAGGUUCCAGCACCAGCAGUAUUUCUGGGGAGACUGCAACUUCGGUUAUUGAGCUAAACAUCAAGACUUUGGAUUCACAUAUCUACAGUUUUCAAGUGAAUAAAGAUAUGCCAGUUCAAUUAUUCAAGGAGAAAAUUGCGAAUGAAAUAGGAAUACCAGUGAAUCAGCAACGUUUGAUAUUCAGGGGAAAGGUCUUAAAGGAUGAACAUCCGCUUUCCGAGUAUCAUUUGGAAAAUGGACACACGUUGCAUUUAGUUGAAAGACAACCAGCUCAGCAACAGGCAGCAUCCGAUACAAGCAUGGGUGACAGAACUGCGAAUGUGCCUUCAUCAACUGGUAACGAAGCUGGAGCGGGUGCCCCUCGAAAUCGUGUUGGACAAAUUGCACAUAGUGUCGUUUUAGGAACAUUUAAUGUUGGUGAUCAAGGUGAAGGCCUUGUUCCUGAUCUUUCUCGGGUUAUUGGGGCAGUUCUGAAUUCUAUUGGAAUAAGCAGCCAAAACACAAAUGUUGCAAGUGGGAUGCAGUCUACCUUGCCAAACAAUCGUGGCACAGCAAGUCAAGGAAAUGAAACAUUUAGAGUUAAUGUUGGGGCUGGAGGACAAGCAACAAGUCAGGCACAAACUGGACAGGCAUUUCCCAGCCAGCCAUCACAAAGUUUUCCUCACGUGAUUCAAAUUCCACUUGCCAGUGCAGCUGUUUCAGUUCCUUCCAUCCAUGCGCCCAUUCCCGAUUCUCUGACAACAAUUUCCGAGUUCAUGAACCGUGUCGAGCAUGCAAUAUCUCAAAAUGGGGGAGAUCUACCUAGGGUGGAACUGCCUACCAAUCCCCAAGGCUUGCCAACCCCUGAAUCUUUGAGCAUUGUCUUGCGACAUGCUCAUCGGCUUCUAAGUGAUUAUGCCACAUCUUCACUAUCUCGUAUUGCGGAGUGUUUGGAGCAAAAUGGCUCCUCCACUGAUCCCACCGUGAGGGGUCAAAUCCAGGAAGAGUCGGUACAAGUAGGACUUAGGACACAACAAAUGGGAGCGCUUCUUCUGGAACUUGGUCGUACAAUCUUGACACUCCGUAUGGGACAAUCAUCUGCUUCGUCAGUUGUUAAUGCUGGGCCAGCAGUUUAUAUCUCUCCUAUGGGGCCAAAUCCCAUAAUGGUUCAGCCUUUUCCCCUGCAAACUAAUCCCCUCUUGGGUGGUUCUGUACUAUCAUCAAAUCCAGUGUCUGUUGGUGCAGUUGGUAUUGGAACUGCCCCUAGGCACAUCAACAUUCAUAUACAUGCUGUUGGUACCAGGUCGAACAAUGGGGAUGGAGAACCUGCAGAGCGCCACAGUGUCAGUGGCUCUACUGAUUCAGGUGUAUCACAGGCACCUCCUAUGAGAAGUGUUAUUGAGACUGCCAUUCCACAUCCUUUGGGUGUUUCAAUUUCUGCUGCUGUGCAACCUGGUGAAGGUGUUUCCUUUUCCGAGCCUCCUCCCGACUCUGUUUCACUAUCCUCCCUUGUGGCUGAUGUCAAUUCACGAAUUAGAGAAUUAGUUGCUAAUGUUGGAGGUGGUACCAAUACUGAAUCAGGUCUAGGGCAAACGGCAGUUCAGAAUUCAUAUGUUGGUUCUGGAGCAGGGAGUGAGACAAGGGACAUGGCUGGAGAGUCGAGUGAGUCAUUACCUGGGCAUAACCCUGAAAGUGGAAGUGAGAAGAUUGUAAACACAGACAAUAUUUGUCGAGAUACAGGAAGGGCUGUAAACUCAACUGAUUUACCGACAUGCUCUGGUGGUAGGGGCUCUGAGGGUGUUGAAAGUAAUGGAGAAAAUUUUCAAAGUCAGGCAUCUUGUGAGAAGAGCAUGGGAGCUGGGUCUGCCCAAGCUGUUCCACUUGGACUUGGAAUGGGAGGUCUGGAACGUCGGAGGCGAGGCAGACAGCAAAGUCCACAGGUUAAGGGGGGUGACGGAGGAACCAGCCAGGGUCCUGCAGGCCAGCCGUUCUUACAAUCUCUUGCGUCUAGUGCUUCUAUGAAUACGUCUAAUGCUCAUGAGCCCUCUUCAGCCCUAGGAUCGACUGUUGGCCCAACUGUGGAUAGCAGAUCCUUGCAUGGGCUAGGUUCUGACGGCCAAAUUGAUCUAGCAAGCAGUAUGUCUCAGGUUUUGCAGAACCCUGCUUUGAAUGGACUAUUGACAGGCCUUUCAGAGCAAACUGGAGUUGGCUCUCCAGAUGUCUUGAGGAAUAUGUUGCAACAGCUAACGCAAAGCCCUCAGAUGAGAAAUACAGUCAAUCAAAUUGCUCAACAGGUCGACACUCGAGAUCUUGAACACAUGUUUUCUGGGUCAAGAAGAGGCCAGGGUGGUGGUCUCCAUUUGUCGAGGAUGUUCCAACAGAUGAUGCCAGUCGUUUCUCAAGUGCUUGGAGGAGGGCUAAGUCAACCACCGUCCUCAAAUGUGGAAAGAGAGCCAAUGCAACCACCCUCCUCAAACGUGGAAAGAGAGCCAAGGCCUCACAGUGCGAGGUCUGGUAGUGGAGUGGAUACACCUAAUGACCAAAAUUUUCAGAUUGGGAUCGAAGAUCUGGCUGGAAGGAUUAUAUCUACCAAUUCUCCUAGGGAUGUCUUCCGUGCUGUGGUAGAGAGUUCAGCUCGGCUUUCUGGCAGUAGCAGUAGCGAAGAUAUCACAAACGAGUUGUGCAGCAACGAGAGACUUGCUAAGGAAUAUGUAGAGAUGUUAUCAAGUGAUGUGAACCGACGGCUACAGGGCAAUUCAGAACAGGAGAAAUAAUACACAUCUGCGGAAGGAUAUUACAGAUUCAGUGGGGCUUAGAUGGUAAUGGUGAUUGGACAAUGUUUUUUUUUUAUGGUACAAUGCUUCUCCAGCAGACGAUGCUCGAAAAGUAAGUUAUGUUAUUACGUGGCUUUCGCCUUAGCUUUAAUUGUAGAUCUUUAGGUUGUAAAGUACUUUGUUUUGGCUGAUAUGACCGACUUAUUUUCGGAUUCUUUCAAGUUUAUUAUGAAGUUUCAUAUUGUUUUUGUGGGUGCGAGUGACCCUUUAUUGUGUAAGUUUCUAGAAGAAGACAUCGACUUAUCGCAACGAAUACCGUGGAUAACUUUCUUUUA